AUGUCGGCCACGCAUGAGCCGGCGCGGGUGUACACCGUUUCGGGUGGCACAGCAUCGGCGCCGGAGGAAGCUUCUUACAAUUCCACUUCUUUACCAGACAUAUUGAGACGAUCAGGGUCAUCUAAUAAACGAAAAAAGAGAAAAGGCGCCCUGGAGAAUGAUCGACUGCUUUCUAAAAUCGAGCUGAUCCAAGACUUUGAAUUCCCCAUUGCGAGCAACAAGGUCCGGUUUACCCGUGAUGGGCUGCAUAUUAUGGCUACUGGAACAUAUAAGCCGCAGAUUCGUGUGUGGGAAUGCGAGCAACUAAGCUUGAAGUUUGAGCGCCACACCGAUGCGGAGAACGUGGACUUUGUGCUUCUCUCUGAUGACUGGACCAAGUCCCUGCACUUGCAAGCUGAUCGCUCUUUGGAGCUGCAUAAUCAAGGUGGCACGCAUACGCGCGUGCGCUUGCCUCGCUUUGGCCGCGCACUUGCAUACCACUAUCCCUCUGCGGAUGCGUUGGUGGGGGCAUCUGGUACUGAGAUCUACCGAUUGAACUUGGCGCAGGGUCGGUACCUUGCUCCAUAUACCCUGGGAUCUCAGGGCCAUCUUGUGACAGGCUGCAAUGCGAUUGAUGUCAAUCCCGCCCACGGUCUUCUUAGUUUUGGAACGGAAGGCGCGGGUAUUAUCGAACUUUGGGAUCCUCGCAUGCGUCGUCUAGCAGGAUCGUUGAGUAUUGCCACACAAACUGUCUUGGACGCUGCCCUGCUUAUGGCACGUCGGCAAAUGCCUAGUAUUUCUCUUUCCAGCGAUGCCAACGAGGACAUGGUUUCAGAAGCCUCGUCAUCUCUUGCCACGACUGCUCUAGCGAGUGCAGCUGAUGGCCUGAACUUGGCUGUGGGCACCAACACGGGUCACGUUCUUCUGUAUGAUUUGCGCAUGGAUAAGCCCUAUACCACCAAGGAUCAGGGCUUUGGCAUGCCUAUCAAGUCACUUUCAUGGCCUGGUGACGCCAAUGAGAGUACGAGCUCGCGCACACGCUCAGAAGCCGAAGGGAAGGUCAUGAGCGCCGAUGCCAAGGUGAUCAAGAUCUGGGAUAAGCAGACGGGUGAUAAUUUGGUAUCUGUGGCGCCUGCUGGCCCGCUGACGAACUUGAACCAUGUGCAGCACUACCCUGGAAGUGGUCUGCUGUUUGCGGCUGUGGAGGCGACACAGAUGGCAGCUUGGUACGUGCCUGCAUUGGGUCCUGCUCCACGGUGGUGCAGCUUUAUCGACAAUAUCACGGAUGAAAUCGAGGCAGCUGAUACAGCCAACACGGGCGGUGGUGCUAAUGCCUACGAAGACUUCAAGUUUGUGGAUCAGGCCGAGCUAGAACGCCUCGAACUGGGCCACCUUGUCGGGACACCCUUGCUGCGUCCUUACAUGCACGGCUACUUCCUUUCGCUCAAACUGUACGAGCGUGCGCGUCUAUUGGCCCACCCUACUGCCUUCGAGGAAGCCAAGCAACGGGCGAUUCAGAGCCGACUCGAGCGCGAAGCAGAAAGUCGUGUGCGUAGCGUGAAGAACACACGCAAGCUUGGCAGCCACAUCCAGGUCAAUCGUCAACUAGCUGAGAAGCUCUCUGCUUCCACAAGUGAAGGAGGUGAAGGGUUGCUCCAGGAUUCCCGGUUCAAGGAGCUGUUCACGAAUCCUGAAUUCCAGGUGGAUGAGACUAGUCGCGAAUAUGCGCUCUUGCAUCCCAGUGAAUCGAUCAAGGAGCGCCCGGCCCCUCGCGAAUCGCAACGACCUCUCGUACCUGCCAUGGAGGAAGAGCAGGAAAGCGACGUCGAGUCCCUCGAUCCGGAUCAAGAAGAGUCUGCCGGAUCCGCCUCAGAGGAAUCUGAUCGUGAGCCACCUGCCAAGCCGAAGGAGGCUCCCCGGGUACACAUGCCUCGCGUGGUAGAGAGUUUCGACUCGGCCUUUGACGGAGAGGACGAUGCCAAGCACAUGCCGCUGGGAGAGCGCGCGCGUCAGUGGCGCCCCCACGACAAGGAGAGCGACAAAGACAUGGGCGGAGGCACUAUAUCCUGGACUCCUUCAGGUAAGCCGAGUGAACCCAAGGCCAAGAAGCCGAAGCCGACCCGCGAAGAAACCUUUGGUAUGGGUCUAUCCAAGGGCGCUGGUGUCGAAGAAGGCUACGGAGUCGAUGCAUUGUCCAAGCAGGCUAGGUUUGGCCGGACAGAGCGUCGCAAGCCUACCCGAAGUGCAAGCAAAAAUGCGAUGCGGGCUCAUAGUCAAUAA